CUUCCCACCGGUGUUUCAGCCGCCGGUGCUGUACCCACCUCCGUCGGCUCCUCCUCCGCCGCCGGGAGGGCGGUGGGGAUCUGGUGCGUUGCCAAGCCGGCCGUCCCGGAGCCCAUCAUACAGGAGGCCAUGGACUACGCUUGCGGGUCGGGUGCGGACUGUGAAUCGAUCCAGAACGCAGGGCCCUGCUUCAGCCCCAACACGCUGCUCAACCACGCGUCUUUUGCCUUCAAUAGCUACUGGCAGAGGACGAAGGCCGCUGGUGGGACCUGUGAUUUCGGUGGGACCGCCAUGAUCGUCACUACCGACCCAAGCUACGACGGAUGCCAUUUCCUUUACAACGUCUGAGAUAUCAAUUCAUGCAGCCGACUGCUUUCAAGAGGUCAAGUCCAUUUCAAUGACCAUUGACAUCCAAUUUGCACAGGAGGCACAACCAAAGCAAUAUAUGAGAUGGAAUUUUACGGCCAUUUCUGCCUAGCUUUUCUUUCU